UAGCCCCACAGGCCCCCACACACACACGGUCAGAGCACAAACUCAGAGAAUCAAAAACUCAACAACAAAAAAUCAAAACACACACACAUAGUGAUUCAAUGAAAGAGUAUAUCAAAACACAAUAAACAGUGAAAGAAAGAGAGAAGAGAGAGCUAAAAAAACCAGAUGAAGCGGCGGUGGCGGCAGAUCAAGGACAGUCCCGGCGGCGGCACCGCGGCAGAUUCUUGGGGCUACAGAGCGGCAGAUUUUUUUGUGUGUGAAGCAGCCUUUUUCCUUUGGGUUUGGAUAGUGAAGAAGGGUCGUGGGAGAUUUUGGGGGCAGCGUCUACGCAAGUAACGCAGAAGCAGAUCUUAGGCUAUAGCGAUCUGAGCUCCUCAACCAUAUUGUCCUCCACAGAGAAUCAGAAGAUUUCCGAUUGGUCUAGGUCUUAUUAAAAAUGGAGGACUUGGGGUCGGUGACAGGCUCCCCUGCUGCUGGGGAAAGUCUCAGCAAAAAUGCACUCAAGAAGGAAUUAAAGAAUAAGCAAAAGGAAGAAGAAAGGCGGCGCAAAGAGGAGGAGAAGGCAAAACAGGCUGCUUCUAUGGCAGAUUCCCGCAGCAAGAAAUCUGCAGCAGCUGACGAUGAAGAUAUAGAUCCAACGCAAUACUUAGAAAAUAGACAGAAACAUCUAGCAUCUCUGAGGGCAGCUGGUGAAAAUAUAUAUCCUCAGAAUGACCCUGUUGCAAUGUCUGUCCUUGAAUGUGUAGAGCAGUUUAAAAACAUAGGCAAUGGGGAGCAUCUUGAGGAUGUUACUGUAAAUUUGACUGGGCGUAUCAUGAGCAAACGUUCAUCUUCUUCAAAGCUAUUCUUUUAUGAUUUACAUGGUGGUACUGCUAAAGUCCAAGUUAUGGCUGAUGCUAGCAAGUCAGAUUUGAAUGAGGAAGAAUUUUCUAGGUUCCAUUCAACUGUGAAGCAUGGUGAUACUGUUGGUGUCAAGGGGUUUCCAGGGAAAACUAAAAGGGGGGAGCUAAGUAUUUUUCCAAGAUCGUUUAUAGUCUUAACCCCUUGUCUCCAUAUGAUGCCAAGGCAAAAGCCUAAGGCUGGUUCUGAGGAGGCUUGGGUCCCAGGACGUGCCAGGAAUCCUGAAACUUAUAUUUUGAAAGACCAGGAAACUCGUUAUCGACAACGCUAUUUAGAUUUGAUGUUGAAUAUGGAGGUUCGACAAAUUUUUGAGACAAGAACUCGGAUCAUUAAAUAUAUUCGGCACUUUCUUGACAAUCGUGAUUUCUUGGAGGUUGAAACACCAAUGAUGAAUACGAUUGCUGGUGGAGCAGCUGCCCGUCCGUUUGUGACCCAUCACAAUGACCUGAACAUGAAGCUAUUCAUGCGCAUUGCACCUGAGCUCUAUCUGAAGCAGCUUGUUGUUGGUGGAUUGGACCGUGUUUAUGAGAUUGGAAAGCAGUUCAGAAAUGAGGGCAUCGAUUUGACACAUAAUCCUGAGUUCACCACCUGUGAGUUCUAUAUGGCUUAUGCUGACUACAAUGACUUGAUGGAACUCACCGAGACAAUGUUGAGUGGGAUGGUAAAGGAACUUACAGGUGGAUAUAAAAUUAAAUAUCAUGCAAAUGGGCUGGAUGAGGAUCCGAUUGAGAUUGACUUCACUCCACCUUUCAGAAGGAUUGACAUGAUAGAAGAAUUAGAGAAGAUGGCGAACCUCAAUAUUCCCAAGGACCUUUCCAGUGAUGAGGCCAACAAAUAUUUGAAAGAUGCAUGCACAAAGUAUGAGAUCAAAUGUGCCCCUCCUGAAACAACAGCGCGUUUGUUGGACAAGCUUGUAGGACACUUCUUGGAAGAGACUUGUACAAAUCCUGCUUUCAUCAUUAACCACCCGGAGUUAAUGAGUCCUUUGGCAAAGUGGCAUAGAACGAAGAAAGGCCUAACCGAGCGUUUUGAGUUAUUUAUUAACAAGCAUGAACUCUGCAAUGCAUACACUGAAUUGAAUGACCCUGUGGUACAACGCCAGCGAUUUGCUGAGCAGCUCAAGGAUCGGCAAUCUGGUGAUGAUGAAGCAAUGGCUUUGGAUGAAACCUUCUGUACUGCUCUUGAGUAUGGGUUGCCUCCAACAGGUGGUUGGGGAUUGGGUAUUGAUCGGCUAACAAUGUUGUUAACUGAUUCACAAAACAUUAAGGAGGUUAUUCUCUUCCCAGCCAUGAAACCUCAAAAUGAGCCAUCUGCUAAAGAGGGCGGUGUUGGAACCAGCAAUGCAAGGGCCGUGACACGAACUUGCAAAUUGCUUCUGAAGAUUUGUAUGGUACUUUGGUUGCUUACAGAUUGUUACAGAUUUCUCCGUAAACAUUUUUGAUGUGUUUGGUUCGUAGAAAAGUAAAGAAAUUGUGAUCUUGAUAUUAAAAAUUUUCUUUUCAAAAUUCAUAUUUCAGAUUU